ACAACAUGAAGCUGCUUCUGUGUGUGGAGCGACGGAUCAGAGCCUGAAACUCUGAGAGACUUCUGGACAGGACUCUGGAUUAAAUGCUGGUUUCUGGGCAGUUCACGUGCAGGUGACUGGUGGGUUUCGGACAUGGUGGACCUGACCGGGGACCAGACCUUCGUCCUCCUCUUCCUCUGGAGCCGAACGCCGCGGUCAUGAGACUGAGGAGGACUGUGAGUCUGCUGCAGAUGAUGAUCGUGGUCCUGCUGGACGCAGGGGUUUGGACGCUGUCGGCUCCUGACGCAGUCUCCAUGGACUCCACAGACAUGAGACACACCCUGAGGUGGCGCCCCCUGCAGGAUUCAUGCAACACCUCAAUUCUCUACUCUGUCCAGUUCCAAGGGGAGUUUGAGCUGACGGUGCUGGACGGCAGCUGGGUGGAUGCUCCUGAGUGCCAUCUGAUUCAGCACACACACUGCGACCUGACCCUUGACCUGGGCUCCGACUCAGACUACAACAUCCACGUCAGAGGUCAGUGCGGGUCGCAGCCCUCAGCCUGGGCGGAGCUCCGCCGACCCUUCAACCGCAGAGACACCGUCCUGACGGUUCCAGAGAUGAAGGUGUCGGCAGCGGUCCAGGGUCUUCACGUGGUGUUUGAGAAGCUUCCUCUCACUGCCCUCGUCAUGGUGACGGUGUGGAGAACAGGCGACGAGCUGCAGGCUCAAGUCUACUCCGUGACAGCUGAGGAGGCAGAGCUGGAGGUCGCCGCCCUGCAGGAGGGAGAGAGGUACUGCGUCCGAGCGCAGAGCUUCAUGGGAACACAGCUCCAGAGCAGCAGCACUGACACCCAGUGUGUGUCCAUCACAGGUCCAGACGCCACGUGGAGGAGUCCGACCACCGUGACCGUGACCGCCAUCAUCAUGGCCGGCCUCCUGUUCGCUGUGUUCUGGUUCAUCGUUCACUGGCGUCCAAACAUCUGCCAGACGUGUUUCCAUAAAGCGCCACUGCCCGACUCACUGCAAGAUGUUUGGGACGUUCGCCUCCGGAUGAGCCGCCAGCAGCUGGAGGUUUGGGAGCGGAGCUGCGUGGUGCAGAGCAUCAAACCCGAGCACCAGGCCUCAGAGACUGGCACUGGGUUUGUGUCCCUUCUGGAGGAACACAGUGGUGACCUCCUGCUCACUGUGGAUGUUGUGGAGUCGUUUCACCCUCAAAGACCUCAGGACUGGGUUGUCCUGGACCUGCAGGAGACCCCCCCUGUGGUCGGGCAGUGUCCUGUUCCCAGGCAACACAUGCAGACUGUGGGUUAACACCCAGGUCACCGCCAGGUCGUCAGGUCGUCAGCUGCUUGUUGUGUUACUUUUGUCCACUAUAGUUUCAUCACAUUUGAUUUUGCUUUGUUUGUUGACUGUGAUUUUGUUUGACGGUUAUUUGUGAAACACUUUGUAAAGGUUCUUAAACAAAGUUAUUCUUCUUGUUUCUUGCUGUGAUUAUUUAAUAUUUCUCAUGUGUCUUUGGAGUUUUAAAAUUUGUGUCACUAUCAAGUUCUGUGCUCUGUGUACUUUAUUUUAAAAUUGUGUAAACCUCAUGUUUGUACAUGUUGAACUAAUAUUCCCUUUUAUAGGCGACAUUUUCUUUUGCCAUCACUUUUGAAUGAUGUUGUAUUAUUUUAUUUGCAAUCUGAUUUGAAAAUGAUUUGAGCGGCUAAGGGGGCGAGCGGUCGUCCUUAAACCAGCAGGUUGGUAGUUCGACCCCGAGUGUCCCACAUCUGCCUGCUGAAGUGCCCUUGGGCCAGAUACUGAAACUUUAAAUGACCUCGUAGAUGUUGAUGAAGUCGCUUUGGAUAAAAGCUUCUGCCAAAUGACAGGAUGUUGAGCUCCCCUUGCUGGUCAUGAAGCUGUAUUACAGUACCUACACCAGUCUCCAUGUUAGUUAGCUGAGCUCCUCCUCUCUUCAGGAUAAACACCUGUGAGUUUUGUGGAGACUUUACGAUGAUGUUUCUAACACGUGACAGAUGCAAACAUUUAAAAUAAAA